AAAAAUUUCGAUGAUACACGUACAGCACAAGUUAUUAUUUACUGCUGUUAGGAUAAGUUGAUAACAAUGAUAACAUAAACCUACAUACAUUAAAUUAAAAAAAUAAAAGAAUUUAUUCUAAAUGACAGCAAUGAUCGCACACCAAAAAUCAACAUUCAACUAAAAACUCAUAAGCCAGGUGAAAAAAUAAGACCCAUAAUAGACUUUAAAUACGCAACGUUAUACAACCUAGAAAAAUUUUUAAAACAAAAACUUAAAUCUAUUCAAAAUUCCAGAUUUGCCAUAUUAAAUACAGACGAGCUUCUAAAAGACAUCACAGAUAUACAAAUAGAAAAAAGUUUUAGAAUUGCCAGUCUGGAUAUUGUUGAUAUGUACCCCUCCAUGUCAUGGGAAAUAGUAGAAGAAAAACUAAAACAGAUUAAUAUAGAACCAGAGAUAAUAGACCUAAUAGAAUUUUCUUAUAGAAGUAACUAUUUCGAAAUUAACAAGAAUUAUUAUACUCAGAAUGAAGGUGUUAGUAUGGGAUCUGUUAUUGGACCGAAGCUUGCCGAAAUAGUGAUGAUAGACAUAGACGAAGUAAUUAACAAAAUACAAGGAAUAAUAAUUUAUAAACGAUACGUAGAUGAUAUUCUGAUUAUAUACGACAAUAAGAAAAUAACAAUUGAACAGAUAGAAGCAAGAAUAAAUAAUAUACAUAAAGGAAUUGAGUUUAAGAUAGAAGAAGAAGACAUCGUCAGUAAUAGUAUAAAUUAUUUGGACAUAGUUAUUAAAAGGAAUGUGAAUAGCUUGGAAUUUGAACCCUUCAAAAAGUCUUGUGCCAUUAACACAACUAUAAAAUACGAUUCUCAUAUACCACUACAUAUAAAACAAAACAUCUUCAAUAUGGAAUAUAAUAAAAUUAAAAAUAGAACCAGCAAACCCAUCAAUAUGGCCAAACACAUAUAUGAUUUAAAAAAGAAAUUUAUCUUGGAUGGAUACCCCAAUCGAUUAAUUAGUACAUGGGAAAAGAAAAUAAAUGAUAAAAUAAAUAACAAGAAACAUAAUCAGAAAAAACAAAGCCCGGAUAUUAAAUAUAUUAGUUUUCCGUAUAUAAAAGGUUUAUAUGAAGAAAUUAACAAAGAAAUGCAGAAAAUAAACAUAAAACUAGCACCUAAGUACGAAAAACUUCAAGCCAGAAUAAAAGCCAAAAAACAAAGUAAUGAGACUAAAGAAGAAACCAAGAACGUAGUAUAUGAAAUCCCAUGUACUUGUAAAGAUACUAAUAUUUAUAUGGGUGAAACCAAACGAAAAUUAAACAUAAGAUUAAAAGAACACAUUGCUGAUAUGAAAUAUCACAGAUUAAAUUCAGUUUUUCAUGAUCAUUGCCUAUUAAACAACUGUAACAUAGAUAAAACUAAUACAAAAAUCUUAUAUAAAGAAAAGAACACAUAUAGUAGGAAAUUUAAAGAAAGUGUAGCUAUAAUAAACUCUAAAAAUUGUUUAAACAAGAAUCUAAGCAUUAAAAUAAGUAAAGAUUGGCUAAAAAUAUCGUAAUAAUGAAAGAUAGUUGGUGUGUUUUAGAAAAAUUCUAAAAAUUUUAAAAAAUAUUUUAAUGUGUUCUGUUUAUUUAAAUACCUUUGGCUAUUACAAAUAUUAUGUAAAAUCCGACCAUCAUAAAUGGUAAAAUGCAAAUUAGCAAUAAGACUCAAUAUUAUGUAAUGUCCAACAAACAAAUUUGUUAUAAUAUGCUAAGUGAGGUUUAUCUGAUUCUGUUAUGUGCAAAUGAA